GUACAACUUCAAGCGGACCUUCAAGCUAGCGUGAGGUCUCUCAAUUCGCAAGCUAGCUUAUUUGGCCCUCCGUGUUUACAUCUAGCUCAUUAUGUCAUGAUGCAGGCAGCAGCUAGAUCUUCCUGUUAACUGCCCCCAAUGCUGUGCCAUCGGAGGAGUGGGUGCGUGUGAUGAGGACUCCUCAUGACGGUUGCUGCAAGCGCCUUGGCGCGCACCCGACUCAUCAGUAGAGGCCCUUGCUGUUUGGGGAGCCAAUUCAGCUCUAGAACGUCAUCCUUUCGUGCACGCAAUCUCAGCAGCUUGGAACGCAACUCGCAUUCCAACUACACAUGCUGCAAAGCUGCUUGUGGUUCCUGCAUCUGCGGCGCCUCAGCUAGGCACUCCCUCAUUAUCAGAUCAACUCUCUUGUCAAACAGUGGAGCUGGUCCCAGAUUCUCGGAUAAGAGCCUUGACCUCUACAAGCACCGUCUCUCGCAUUCACAGGGUGUCUUCAGGGGAGAGCUCAGAAAGCACCACACCUGUGCUGCAAUUGAUGCAGCAUUAGUGGAAGAAGAAGUAGAGAACGUAGGAGCCAUGGUCGCAGAUCCCUCGAACAUGGACAUCAAAGAAGCGGUCCCCAUACCGAACACAAGGGUCGUUGUGCGGGAUCAGGAGGGUCUGGACAGAAAGAAGCGGGCAAUACGAGCUGCGGGGCCGCAGAGAUUGCAAAUUGUAUCCGACUUUGAUAUGACGCUGACGCGCUUCAACGUCAAUGGGAAGAAGGGCCAGAGUUGCCACUCGCUGCUCUCACAAAAGAACGACCAGUACAACCAGAUGAGGCAGGACCUGUACAAGCACUACUACCCCCUCGAGAUUGAUCAGAGCAUCCCGUAUGACAAGAAGGUCAAGCUGAUGGAGGAGUGGUACGAAAAGUCUCACGCCACCCUGCUGGAAGGCGGGCUCACGCUGGACGAGAUUCGGGACUCAGUCGCAAACGCGAAUGUGGCGUUUAGGGAGGAGACGGCGCAGCUGUUUGAGCUGCUAGACUCGAAACGGGUCCCCGUCCUGAUCUUCUCGGCGGGCCUGGCGGACGUGUUGGAGGAGGUCCUCCGGCAGAAGCUGCACCGCGCGUUCGGCAACAUCCGGGUCGUGUCCAACCGCAUGAAGUUCGACGAAGAAGGCCGGCUACAGAGCUUUGUCGGCAGUCUCAUCCACUCACUCAAUAAGAACGAGCACGCCAUCGCGCUAGCGGGCCCGAUGCACGACGAGCAGGGCCGCGUCCUCGACGAUCUCGAGCACCGGGAGCCGUCCGAUGGAAGCACCGAGCCCGCGAUCGACGGCCUGGACGGCCGAAGCGUCGUGGCGGGCCGGAACAACGUUAUCCUGUUGGGGGAUCACCUGGGCGACCUGGGGAUGUCGCGGGGGGUAGACGUGGACGAACAGAUCAGCAUCGCGUUUUUGAAUGACAAGGUGGAGGAGAAUCUUGAAGUUUUUGCGAGCUCGUUCGACGUGGUCCUAAUCGGCGACGGGUCGAUGAAGGAGGUCAUAACGAUCGUUGAAGACAUUCUUUAGUGUCCAUUUUGACAACUUCUGUGGUUGCCUCCCCUCCAUUGUUGCAAAGGCGAUUCUUAAUGCACUUGUAACAUUUCCGUCAAGACAUCCUACCAGAAGUUCGAAGCGAGAUACGGCAUGACUUUUCGCUCCAUUCGUGCGCCAUUGCCGCAAAGGUUGACGAUGCCCCUUGGGGUAUGGAUCGCAG